AUGGGAAGAACUUUUAUUCAUGCUUCGAGAAUAAGGCAGACAGCACGUAAAAGAAAGCAUCAUUCCAAGUUUAAAACUCUAAUCAAUUUGUUAGAAAAUAAUGCUUACAAGAUAGAAUCAUCAAAGCCAUUACACAAUGGGAAACUUUAUAAGUACUGGAAAAAUAGACGUCAUUUGUUUUCGAAGAUAGAUACGUCGCCGAUAUACAUGACAGAUGAGCUGUGGUUCAGUGUGACGCCUGAAAGAAUUGCGUGCUUCCUAACAAAUUUUGUGAAGGCAUGCAUGCCAAAUGCUGAAAGGAUAUUAGAUGUUUUCUGUGGUGGGGGCGGUAACACCAUACAGUUUGCUAUGCAAUUCCCUUAUGUCUAUGGUGUGGACUACAGUAUUGAUCACAUAUAUUGCACUGCAAAGAAUGCGCAAAGCUAUGGUGUGGAUGAUAGAAUAUGGCUGAAACGGGGCUCCUGGAAAAAGCUAGUCUCUAAAAAUAAGCUUUCCAAAGUAAAGUACGAUUGCGUUUUUGGGUCACCACCGUGGGGUGGUCCAGAGUACUUAAAAAAUGAUGUGUAUGAUUUAGAGCAUAAUUUAAUGCCAAUGGGGAUUACUAAGUUGCUCAAAAGCUUUCUUAAACUAAGCCCUAAUGUAAUUAUGUUUCUUCCAAGGAAUUCUGACUUGAGUCAGCUUUCUCGAGCUACGAGGAAAAUACUAGGCCCAUUUGCCAAAUGUAAAGUAUUAUAUGUUAAGGAAAAUGGAUAUAUGAAAGGAAUAUUUUGCAUGUGGGGGGAAUGCUUUUUUAAUUAUGAGCCAGUAAGUGAAGAAAACAACCUGAUGGAGGUGUGUUCUGAAAACGAAGAGCACUCAAGAGAAGAAGAACAUGAAUCCACGAAAGCGAAUAGAGAUAAUGGCAUAGAUAUCUACAAAUUGGACGGUUGA